AUGAUGAAUGGAGAUCAUGCUCUGACAGCCAGCUGUGACGCUUUUGGCCUUAACAGCUCGUAUGGCCUCGAUUUCAACAGGGCCAACACUCUGAACGCGACGAUUCGCCGCUCGGAUCGAGGAAGGUGCGACACUAAUUUUGAGAAUUUUGCCGAAAUCUUGUCUUGUCUUCGGGAAAUUUUAACCAAAAAACUCACAGGGGAUUCUGUAGAAGCUUCUGAAGAUAUUACAGUAGAUGAUUCUUUAAAGAGUUUAAAGACAAAUGACAUAGAAUCACAGUUAGGGCAUCUAAAACGCUUAGAAGAACAAUUGUCUGAGAUGGUAAUGAAAAAUGAGUUAGAUCAAACCAACCGGUCGAUAAAAAAUAGUGUGGAGUACUUUGAAAGAUUGUCUAUAGAUUCUAGUUUUCAUGCUAUGGAUUCAGGGUGCAGAAGUAUGAAUGCUUCAUCGUGCUCUGACUCGAAAUCUAUAGCACCGUCGGAUCCAAUGCAAGAGGAAAAAGUUUUUAAUGUGACAAAAGUCAAUGUCAUUAAUUUGUUAUCAAUCCCAAAUACUAUUUAUAACAAUAUUAGGGAUCUUAACUUUAGUUCAAAACUUUCGGACAUUCUAUAUUUACCUGAUAUUACCAUAGAUUUGCGUGGUAACAAGAUUAACCUUAACAUCACUGUUGUCCUCAUGAUUAUCCUUGGUUUCUUCAUAAUCCCGAUAGUUUUGUUUGAGUUUAUCAAGUCUGGAAAGGUUUUCAGCGUGUGUUUCAGUUAUUUCAUAGGUUUAUUCCGGUUAUUGUACUGGUUGAACGAGUUAUUUUUCAAAAUCUUGGAGUUAAUCGUAUGAACAAUAUUGUUGAUCAAAAAAAUCUCUUCUGGACACUAUAGUUAAUACGGGUUAAAAAUUUUUAUAUAGGUCAAACUUACCGGUCUUCAUCUUAUCAUUUACAUUUUACACAGUUUUCUUAUAAAAUUGCAUUUUGAAUUUCCGCCAAUUUCGCAGUUUAAAUAUUUUCUUGGCAUUCCGUCGCAAAUUAAAACCUUAUCAAAUUUUUUACAAAAAUCUCAGUUAGCCUUAAAAUUUUGUUGACUAUCAGCUAUAAUGCCAGCUUUUUAUCAGUAAUCAACUGCAAUAUACUUGUUUCUGCUUAAUAAUUUAUAUCAACUAGUCUUGAUUAAUAUAAUUUUAUAUUUACUAUUGUUACAUUAAUGAAAAUAGAUAAAAUCCAUCAAACUUACUUACAAUUUGUUAUUUGUCAAGAAAAAGGACGUGAUUUUGUGUAUAAUGUGAAAUGUUUUGUCAGUCUUGUUGUUAUAGGUGUUGUUGAUGUUUAUUGUGUCGUAACUUUUGUUCUACCGUAUGUUUCUUUGUGCUUCUUGGCUGUAAGAUAAGGAAGGGUUUGAGGAUGAUUGUCGCAAAAUUGUGGGUGAUUUGGACAAGUUUGUUUGAAGUUUUUGAAUUUUUAAUGAUGGGGUUUUUCUCUUUUAUGUGUAAUAUAGGAAUAACUUUUCUCAAACUGAUUAGCUUGUAAUAACGCAUAGGAACAGCGGCAUUCAGCGAUAUUAAUCUGACUUCAUUUUAUCUCAAUAUUUUUAAAUUUUAUUUGAAAGCAAACUUUUUUGUUAAAAUUAAUGGUGUUGGUGAUUAUUACAAGCUAGCCAGAUGUUUUUGCUACCUUUUGCUUGUUUUACCCUUUGGUUUUAAUUUCGUUUCUUUUUUGGUUCAGCCAGUACAGGAAUUUGGAGCAAAAAAGGAUAGAACGGCGGUCGAGAAGUUCACGAUUGACAACAACUGUAAGAUGCGGACCUUUCAAUGGUACGGAUUCUGGAUACAUAACGACUGGAGAUGAUCUUCGAGAUCAGUUGGAGGUAAAUUUUAGGUCUAAUUUGGAGGUUGGGCUAAAUUUAUAUUAUAGUAGAUGAGUUAAGUUUGACUCUAUGAAUAGAGUGUAAAUGGAUGUAAAGCUGUGUAGAAUAGAUAGAUAUUUGUAUUUUAUGUUUAUAGCAUAAUGUUCUAACUGUUUUGUAUAAUAGCUUUUAGAUUUUGUAAAGUUAUGAGGAAUUACAGCUUUUUUAAUACUUAAAAGGCAUGGUUAAAAUAAUUUUUGAUAAAACCUGAACUUUAAGCAAAAUAUUAAUUAAAAAUAUAGUUAAAUUGAUAAAAUGCUACUUUUUUCGACUAAUUUUAGUAUUUAUUUUAGUCUAUCAACUUGGGAUUGAACGAACUCAACGCUUCAACCAAGACUUUAUGUUACGUCGAUGAAGUUGAUGUAAAUUCAAAUGACGUGACAUUAAAAGAAAGCGAUUUGGUAAAUGAGAUUCAGAAGACUUAUGAGCAGUCACUGGUAAGUUUUUUCUUUGUUUUAUUGGUUUUUAGGUACGAAAUCAUGAAAAAAUGUUAUGUUAUACAUGAUAGUCGGUAUGAAACACGGGUUUUUAGCCAUAACUUAGGAAAAGUUUGAUGAAUAGCUAUGAUUUUUGACAUAAAUGAAAGGUGAUAUGUUGUCAACGUUUUUUAGAAGUUACAGUUUUGUAUAAUCAGUUUGGGCAUAGUUAUGAAAGGUUUAUGCGAUAGGGUCAUGUAUAACAUAACAUUUUAUUUUUCAAAGUGGUUUUUUGGAUAAACUUCAUGUUUUUGACAAAGUUUAGAAAGUCGGUUUUAAGAAGACUAUUAAAUGUACUUAUUGCAUUACCUACAUUCCAGGCCAGCACAUUAAGAGCAACUCAAAUAUCAUCAGUUCAAUCUCCAAGUCAUUCGACCAGUUUGUUGGAUCUAAGCAACAACAAUGCUCAACGACUUUUGAAAUCGCGUCCAACGAACGUUGUGCCACCGUUGACAAGGGAAAGAGCAAAUGGAGUGUCAUCAACUACGGUUAAUAAAGUUUUGCCAACAGUUGAAGAAAACAACGAAAAGGUCGAAAGUGAGUGGUUAUGGUACCUUUGUUGGGUUAUUUUGGUACUUUAAUUGUGUUAUACGGGGCUAUGGUACUUUUUUUAGGUUUAUAAGAUCCUUUUAGGUUUAUCUUGGUAUAUAAUUUGGCUUUGGGUUUAGUUUUAUUUCAAACGGCUUUAGCUUCUUCUUUCUUUGCAUUCUUAUUGGUCUUUUCAGGAGUAACUUGAAUAUAUUAGGUGCAGACAUAAAGAACCAUACUUUGCCUUUAAUUUUCUGUAAAAAAUGGCGGGUUCUUUAUGUCGGCACCUAAUAAAUCUAUAAAAAAGGUCAUUGUGCUCGUCUUGAAUGAUCACAAUAUCAAUAAUAUAAUAACUAUUGGUACCCAUAAUACUGGUGUGCUUUUGGUACUCAUAGUACGGAUGUUAGUGUAGCUCUUUAAUGUGAAGCAAAAGUAAAAUUUUGGUCUCAAAAAGGCUUUCUAAUCAGCGACCAAUUUCGCCUUAUAAAACCUAUAAAAAGCUAUUGUUACCUAUGAGAAAAGCCAUCUUUUUGUCAUCUAAAUCACUUAAUUAUUCAGCGGCAAAUUGGAGUUCAAAAAAGUUUUUAAAAUUUUGAAAAGAGACCGGAAACCUAAAAAAGACUGCGCACGACGUUUUUGAAUGUAACGUUUGGCUAUUGUCACGUUUUAUGUGUCGAGGCCUCAGAGGUUUUCCCAAAUCAUGUCGCUUGUAAACAAAAAUACCGUUUCAGUUACCACGAAGCCACCGACAACUCAUUUGCACAAUACUGUAAACGGCAACGUCGGCCGCGCCAAGACCUUCUCUACAGCAACGAGCGAAGCCGCGGUCAAAGAGGCGAAGUUAAGCAGCGCUCCGUCUCGUCCAACGGAAUCCGCUACGAGAACGGCGAAAACGGCUGGAACAGCCAACGAAAAUGGAACUACCGUGCCGAAUGGCCUGGAAAAAGUUGGUUUAGGCUUAACAUUGGGUUUAGUAGGCUUAAAAUAGGGUUUUAGGAUUAAAAUAAGAUUUUAGGCUUAAAAUAAGGUUGUAGGCUUUAAAUGAUAUGUUAGGCUUUAAAUAAGGGUUUUAGGGUUAAAAUUGUGACUUUUAGGUUAAAAUAGGGUUUUAGGCUUAAUAUAAGAUUUUAGGCUUAAAAUAGGGUUGGAAUAGGGGGUUAGGUUUAAAAUGCUGUUUUUAGGCUUAAAAUAGGGUUGGAAUAGGGGGUUAGGUUUAAAAUGCGGUUUUUAGGCUUAAAAUAAGGUUUUAGGCUUAAAAUAAGAUUUUAGGCUUGAAAUAAGAUUUUAGGCUUAAAGUAAGAUUUUUAGGGUUAAAAUAGGUUUUAUAGGCUUGAAGUAGGAGUUUAGGCUUAAAAUAACGUUUUCAGGCUUAAAAGUUGGAUUUUAUGAUAAUUUAGUGAUUUUGUUACCUAAAAUUGGUUUUUUUGGUUUGCGUUUUUAAAUUUUAUGGAAAUUUUUUUGUUGCCUAAAAUAGAAAUUUUUACCGAAGAGUCUAGUUCGUUACCUAAAAUUUAAGAUUUUUGGAUUUUGAUACCUAAACUUUUAGUUUGUUACUGAAAGUGGUAAUUUUGAGGUCGAUAAUUUAAAAAUUCAUUUUUAAUACCUAAAAUUUUAUUUUUUUACUUGAAAUUUUGUUUUUGUUACCUUUUUUUACUUAAAAUUUUCAAUUUCGUUACUUAAAAUAACGAAAUCAACAUUUACAGACCCGGCCCGCCCGACCAAUCACUCGAUCCGGCUCCAUAUCAACGGCCACCAAACUUCCGUCGACGCGGCCGUCGACUCUGUCGUCACGCACAAAUUCAACAACAUCGAGUAGGAUGUCGUCUCGCAGCUCGAGCACAAUGUCGUUAGCGACUAAAGAACCGAAAGUCGUGCGAAAAGCAGUUGCACCAGGACGAGGAGCCAAAAUUCAACCGGUUGGAUCGAAAUUCACUGCCAGGACGGUAGGUGGAAGACAUUUUGUUUACAGGGGGUUUUAAAAGGAAGAAACUUUGUUUACAGGGAACUUUGUGUCAGAAAAUGAUUUUUUAAAAUUGAUUUUUAAAAUUUUUGGCAUGGAAAUAAUUUUUUUUGGUUUUUGGUUUUUGUUUGAAAAAUUGGGUUUGUGCAGCUUGCGAGUGACAAGUUAUAUGAUAAAAAACAUUUUAAGUUGUGUAAAGAAAGUUCUUGCUAUUUUAUGUCUUGUAAAGAAAGUUCUUGCUAUUUUUUGUUUUGUAAAGAAAGUUCUUUCCGUUUUUUGUUUUGUAAAGAAAGUUUCUGCUAUUCUUCGUUUUGUAGAGAAAGUUUUUGCCAUUUUUUGUUUUGCAAAGAAAGUUUCUGCUAAUUUUUUCAAAAAGACGAAAUUUUUUUCAAUUUUAAAAAUUAAAAUUAAGUUUUUUAAUGAAAUUCAUUUUCAGAUAGCUCCAGAAUCCAAAAAAGAGCUGAAUGGAAAUCCAUCCCCACCGAAACAAUUCCAAAAAGCCCAGAGCAUCGACAGAACAACGUUAUCGACUCAAAAAUUGACCACAAGACCAAAGACACAAUUACCUCAAAGUAAAAUGAGUCAGUCGGUUAUGAAUCUGAAUGGAACUGCACCAACAACAUCAAGUUCGGUCGAAGUUUUGAGGAAAAUCCUUCAGAAACAUGUGACGGAGAAGCUGGAGGUAACUAGAGAAAAACUGGCAUAUCAACUAGCAGACGGAGUGAUUCUGUGCAACUUUGUCAAUUCUCUUUGGCCAAGAACAAUACCGACGGUGGGAAAGGCGUUGGGAAGCUUGGUAGGUUAUAUUUUGGGGGUUUCUGUGGAUUUUUUAAAUUUUUGAAAAUUUUUGAUUUUCAAAAAAAUUGGAAAGAAACUUUUUUCAAAUGGUGAAAAUUACUAACAAAGGUUAUUUUUUUACCAUUGUAAACAAAGUUAUUGCCAAAAAAUCAAUCUCUGCACCGUGCAGCGCCAUUUGUCAUUGUCGCACAGUGCGAAAACGCGGUCCCAUCCGAUCUGGCAAGUUAAGCAACGGUGCGCUUGAUUAUGAAAAGUUCGGGGAACACUGUGUGGAAACAAAGCUUUUGGGCUUUUUAUAAUACUGGAAAGAAAGUUUUUGUAUUUUCAAGGCAACACGAUAUAAAUAAUGACAUUUUUUGGAUUGUAAACAACGUUUUUGUAUUUCUUCUUAUUUUUUGGGUAUCAUUUUUGCCCUUUUCAGUCAGUAGCCCAAACUCGAGCACGAAAGAACGUGGAGAACUUUAUUGUAGCUUGCAGAAGUCAUGGUGUGUCAGAUGUAAGUAUUAUUGUUUAAUUUUAUAAAAGUUUUAAAAAUUUUUUUUUAAUUUUAAAAAAAUUCUAAUUUUAAUUUGAAAACUUUUUUUGAACUUUGGAUUUGAAAACUUUUAAAAAAUCAAGUUUAGACCUCCCUAUGCACGGUGACGGACAUUCUGGAACGGAAAAACCUUCAAAACACUACCAAAACGGUCGUUGCACUCGCAAAACUGGUCGAUAAACACGUGUAA